AUGUUCUGCCGUACCGCUGUCCGAAACUGGGUGAAUAAGAACACCAAGGUGAUCUGCCAAGGUAUUACUGGAAAGCACGGCACGUACCACACUGAGCAAGCCAUUGCCUACGGCACAAAAAUGGUCGGUGGUGUGAACCCCAAGAAGGCAGGUAUGAACUAUCUUGGUCUCCCUGUUUUCGGCACUGUUGCCGAGGCUUUGAAGGUGACUGGUGCUGAUGCCACAGCUAUCUACGUUCCAGCUGGACACUGUGCCGCCGCCAUUGAAGAGGCUCUUGAUGCUGAGGUUCCUCUCGUCGUCGUUAUUACUGAGGGCAUUCCUCAGUGGGAUAUGCUUCGCGUCAAGUCUAUGCUUCUGUCUCAGAACAAGACCCGCCUGAUUGGCCCCAACUGCCCCGGUAUCAUUAAGCCAGAGGAGUGCAAGAUCGGUAUUAUGCCUGGCCACAUUCACAAGAAGGGUUGCAUUGGUGUGGUGUCUCGGAGCGGUACCUUGACCUACGAAGCUGUUGCACAGACAACGGCCACGAACCUUGGACAGUCGCUCUGUGUUGGCAUUGGUGGUGAUCCGUUCAACGGCACCAACAUGAUUGACUGCGUGAAGCUGUACCUUGAGGACCCUGAGACGGAGGGCAUUAUUCUUAUUGGCGAGAUUGGUGGAACUGCCGAGGAGGAGGCUGCGGAGUUCAUCAAGAAUCACCCGAUCAAGAAGCCAGUUGUUUCCUUCAUUGGUGGUGCGACUGCUCCUCCAGGCCGCCGUAUGGGCCACGCCGGUGCUGUGGUUUCUGGUGGGCAGGGCACUGCCAAGGGCAAGAUGGAUGCGUUGGCGGCGGCGGGCGCCAUUGUAUCCUCUUCACCUGCAAAGCUUGGUGAGCUGAUGGCCGAGGCCAUUAGCAAGAAGCGCGGAACAGCGUAA